AUGCUGUUCUGGGGAAGUUUUAAAAUAAUGAAGUGGAGGCAGCUUUUCUGGAUUGCAUUCUGUGUUGUGAAGUUGUCUGGCACCGCUGCUGACAGCCCGACGGAUGCCCCGGCUCCAACAGCCCCGGCCACGGAGACAGAACUGAGCGGAACCGGCAGCUUGGCAGCCACCGGCGCCCUGGGCAGCGCCACGCCGACACCAGAAAGCCCCGACACAGACGGACCCGCUGCAGUCAGCCCCAGCUCCCCAGGGCUCAGCAGUGUUCAGACAAGCCCACAGCCAAGCUCACAGCCCAGCAGAGCCCCCCCGCAGGUGCUGGGCACCCACCUACCCCCGGAGGAUGCAAGCAGUGGGGUCUCCAUGACACCAACCCCAGAGGUCCACAUCAGCACAACAGAAGCCACCCAAGAAUCCACGCUGGCCCUGCUGAGCUCCACAGCCACCCCUGAGCUGAAGUCUGUCUCAGAGGCCAGCACACAGCCACACGUAGCAAGCAGUGUCCCCAAGCCCAUCACAUGCCACAACGUCAAAGACGUGAGCGACACUGGAGCCAUCUGCUUGCGCCUCAACGAGUCCAACACCUGCAAACAAUUUUUAGAGAUGAAGGGAUCGGACUUGUGGAGUGCAAUAUGUGAGGAGAGCACCCGCCCCGUUCCCUCCCCCUGCCACAUUAAACUCGCUAAGUCUGAGGUGGACCACGACUGUCUGCUCCUCAUCCUCGUCAAUGAGACAGAUCCUGCUACAGAUAUGCUCCAGGAGUCUCACUGGGAAAAGUUCGGAAUAAAAUCCCUUCAGCGAGGGAGCGUGAGGAGCCACCAGGACUUUUCUCGGAAGACCCUGACUGCUUUGGUCACUUCUGGCCUCUUACUGGCGUUCCUGGGCAUGGCCGGAUACUUCCUGAUGAAGCGGCGGAGCUGGAGCCCCGCAGGACAGAGGCUGGACGAAGACCAGUACGACAUGGAGAACGGCAGCCAGGGAAGCCCCACGCUGACGGUGGCCGGCCCCGAGCCGCAGGAGAAGCCCAGCCUGAACGGGGCGCAGGAGAACGGCGCCUCCCGCAACGGCCGCUCCGCCGGGCAGCGCGGCCUCGCCGACACCCCGAUGUGA